GAUUCGCAUCAAGUUGCUCUCGUCCUUUCUGAACUGCACUCAACUCAACAUCGUCUCUGAAGCGCCACUUCUCUGAGCUCCAAUGGCUUCCAGAACCGCCGUUAUUGCCUGGGGUUCGGGAGAAGACGGACAGCUGGGAAUUGGCAACGACGAAGAGAAGGAAUGGGUUUGCGCCAUCAAAUCUCUCCAGUCCGAGCAAGUUCGCUCCGUCGUCGCCGGCAGCCGGAACUCUCUCGCCAUUUGCCAGGACGGCAAGCUGUUUACGUGGGGCUGGAACCAAAGGGGAACGUUGGGGCACCCACCAGAGACCAAAACGGAGAACGUCCCUAGUCAGGUUAAGGCUCUUGCCAAUGUCAAAAUUGUUCAGGCGGCUAUUGGAGGGUGGCAUUGUUUGGCCGUUGAUGAUCAGGGCCGAGCUUAUGCUUGGGGUGGGAAUGAAUAUGGUCAAUGUGGUGAAGAACCUGAGAGGAAAGAUGAUACAGGAAAGCCUUUGAGGAGAGAUAUUGUAAUUCCACAACGAUGUGCCACUAAGCUUUCAGUCCGUCAGGUGGCUGCUGGUGGUACCCACUCUGUGGUUCUUACACAUGAAGGGCAUGUGUGGACCUGGGGUCAGCCAUGGCCUCCUGGAGACAUAAAGCAAAUUUCAACUCCAGUACGAGUGCAAGGUCUUGAGAGGGUGAGAUUAAUUGCAGUUGGAGCUUUUCAUAAUCUGGCUCUCCUUGAGGACGGAAUUUUGUGGGCAUGGGGUAACAAUGAGUAUGGCCAACUUGGGACGGGGGACACACAGCCAAGAGCACAACCUGUUCCCGUCCAAGGGCUGUCUGGUCUUGCUCUGGUUGACAUUGCUGCUGGAGGAUGGCAUUCUACUGCCUUGACUGAUGAAGGAGAGGUAUAUGGUUGGGGUAGAGGGGAACAUGGGAGGCUUGGAUUUGGAGAUGACAAGAGCAGUAAAAUGGUACCUCAGAGGGUUCAACUUCUUGUCGGGGAGGACAUUGUUCAGGUGUCUUGCGGGGGAACCCAUUCAGUUGCAUUGACGCGUGACGGCCGCAUGUUUUCGUUUGGACGAGGCGACCAUGGACGUCUAGGAUAUGGCCGAAAAGUAACCACCGGUCAUCCAUCGGAGGUGCCCAUAAACCUCUCACCUCCAGGAAAUCUCAGUGGCAAUGAGGCCAAUGGCUAUUGGCCCGCAAAACUUGUUGCUUGUGGUGGCCGGCACACAUUAGCAGUAGUUGAAUGGCAUCCUGAUGAUAGCUGAACAGUUGAAGUGAUGCCAUGAAGCGUAUGCUUGAAGACUAAAAUUAAUGACAUAAUUGUCAUUCUCAUCGGAGAAGGGCAACGCCAGAUUAAUUAAUAUCUAUAAUAUUGCACUGUGGCAAGUGGUGUCAUACCCUGUUUAUAUUGCAGGACUUGAGUUGGCGUUGGCGUUCAAAUGAACUGACUAUUUGUUUGGUUUAUGCGUAGCGUAGAGAAUAUUGGUAGCUUUUGGCAAUUGAGAAUAUCUGAUCACAGUUCUUGUAAUAAUGAAUAUUUAGUCCUAUAUUAGAGGCUUAAAAUGGCGGGGUGAACUGUUGAAAUUGCCGCAGUUGAGAA